ACAGAGAGAGAGAAAACAAUGGCUUGUGUAGCUGUAAAUUCUCUUAUCAGAAUAUUAGAGCUCGAGUUCUUUCAUCCUGAGCCUCGUCCAAUCCUACAAGAAAUGGAACUCAUCCCUUUUAACAAAGACCUCAUCCAAUCUCUCCAUGCAAAGCUUGGUUUUCUGAUACAACUGUUCGAUGAGUUCAGAAUGGAUGGUGUUGAAGCAAUUAAAGACUUGGAAACAAAGCUCAGAGAUGUAGCUUUCAGAGUAGAAGAUGAAAUUGAACUCCAUGUGGUAGAUCUCUAUGAAGCUGAUCCCUAUCUCUAUUUGGUAGAUCUCUUUAAAGAAGAUGACGAGGAAAUGGGACAAGGGUACACUUAUGAAGCCAAAAAAACCCAGUAUUCUCAUAGACUUAGUCAUGUAUUGCAACAAGCAAUAGAAGACAUUGAUGCCAUUAAAGAAGAGCUGGAGAAAGUCAUGAUGGAGUACAAGCAUGACAUAGCUGUUCCAAAAUCUGAUGAUGAACUUGUCAAGAUGGACGGUUCCGGUUCCUCCAAUCAUGCUUCACACACUGAGGACAUAAUGGUCGGGAAGAACAAUGAGUUCGAGAUUAUAAGGAAGAUGCUAAUACAACAUUCAUCUAAACAACGAGAAGUUGUCUCAAUUCAAGGUAUGGGAGGAAUCGGCAAGACAACGUUAACAAGACGAGUUUAUGAAGAUCCAUCAAUUGUCUCCCACUUUGACAAGCAAAUAUGGGUUGUUGUAUCACAACAUCACAAUAAGAGACAAAUGCUCUUAGAUCUUCUUGGUUCUAAAGACAAUGUAAACAACAAUAGUGAUGAGGACCUAGCAUUACGGCUCUACCAAAGUUUGAAGGGUCAAAGGUACUUGGUAGUGAUGGAUGAUGUAUGGAGCAGAGAGUCAUGGAAUGAUGUUAGCUGUUGCUUUCCAGAUGAUAUAAAUGGGAGUCGAGUAUUGUUGACUACUCGCGUUGCAGAGGUUAUGGGUUGCGGAAGGAUUUCUAAAGGCAUUCGAGAAUGAGAGUUUUGAAGCGGCGGCUAAAAGGUACAUAAAUGAACUUAUGGAUAGAAACUUAAUUCUUGUAAGCAAAAGAAGUAGUUGUGGAAGAAAAAUUAAGGAGUUUAGAGUACAUGGUUUAUUGCAUGGCUUUUGUGUAAGAGAAGCUCAGAAGCAGAGUCUUUUGCAUGUUGCGGAUGAAAGUGGUUCCAAUUUCCCUGAGAAAGGUAUUCGUUGGAUAAGAAUCCAAAAGGUGCCAUUUGAAGAUUUUGACAUCUCUGCGUUACAUUCUCUAUCAAAACACUGCCGGUCCAUCUUUUAUUUCCCGAAGAGGCCCAAAGAUUCAAUAAUUUUGAAAAUUUUCAGCCUAUUGAGGGUACUCUUUGUUACUGAUUUCCAUUCGCCAAGUCCGACUGUUCAUAUCCAUUUGAGAUACAUACGAAUAAUUUACGGGCAAUCUCGUCCUUAUGAGUCAUUAUUCUCCAGUGCUUGGAAUCUUCAAACAUAUAGUGUGGAUGGCCCUCUAUAGGAUUGAAGCAUUUGAAGUACAUUCCACAACUACAGUAUAUUAGCAGUGAUGAAAAAUUUGUGGAUCUUUUCCCAAAUCUGUUCAUCAAAACUUGCAAGUCAUUUCUUGGUGAUGGCGAGUUUGAUGAAGAUGAGGAGUAGAUGAUGCAAAGCUAUAGCAAAGAAAGACUCUAAUGAAUUGCAAUACUGAUGAUGGGUCCACAUGGAGCCAAAAUCCAAUAAAAGAAGGGUGUGGGAAGAGCAGAUG